AUGGACUCAGAGUAUGAGCAAGGCCACGUCCGUACACUGCAGGCACAACACAUGAGGAUGCAAGAAAAAACCUUCACCAAUUGGGUCAACAACAUCUUUCACCACGGCAGGGCUGGCAUUAAGAUCCAGAAUAUGUACAUUGAGCUGGGAGAUGGCACCCACCUACUGAAGCUGCUUGAGCUCAUCUCUGGGGAGGUGCUGCCCCCGCCCAACCGGGGACGAAUGCGAGUGCAUUUCCUGGAAAACAACAGCCGGGCUCUAGCCUUUGUGAGGUCCAAGGUGCCAGUGCCCCUAAUUGGUCCAGAGAACAUCGUAGAUGGGGACCAGACACUCAUCCUUGGACUCAUCUGGGUCAUCAUCCUGCGUUUCCAGAUCUCUCACAUUUCCCUGGACAAGGAGGAAUUUGGGGCCAGUGCCGCUCAGCUGUCUGCUAAGGAGGCAUUGCUGGUCUGGUGCCAGCGGAAGACAGCUGGCUAUCCCAACGUGAACAUCACGGACUUCUCUCGUAGCUGGAGCGACGGGCUAGGCUUCAAUGCCCUCAUCCAUGCCCACAGGCCUGACCUGAUCAGGUACAGCUCCCUGCGGCCAGAACACCCCCUGCACAACCUGGAGAAUGCUUUCGAAGUGGCCCACAGAGAUCUGGGCAUCUCCAGGCUGCUUGACCCCGAGGACGUGGCUGUUCCGCAGCCUGAGGAGCGCUCCAUCAUGACCUAUAUCUCUCUCUACUAUCACUAUUUCUUCCACCUACACCAGGGACAGACUGUCCAGAAGAGAGUGGCCAAGAUCCUGCAGCAGCUACAAGAGACAGCCAAGUUACAGGCUCAGUACGAGCAGCUAGUGUCAGACCUGCUGGGCUGGAUCACCGAGCGGGUGGCCCAGCUGGAGCAGCGACAUUUCCCCGACACCCUGCCCGCCAUGCGUCAGCUGCUGGCCGCCUUUGCCACCUUCCGCAAGGAGGAGAAGCCCCCUCGGCUAGAGCAGCGAGGGGAAGCCGAGGCGCUGCUGUUCCGCCUGAGCACUGCCCUCCGAGCCCAGAACCGCCGGCCUUUCCAGCCCCCAGAGGGCCUGGGGCCCGGGGAGCUGGCCAGGCGCUGGGCAGGGCUGGAGAGGGCUGAGGCCUGUCGGGAGCAGGCCCUACAGGAGCAGCUGCUGAGGCUGGAGAGGCUGGAGACGCUGGCCCGACGCUUCCUGCGCAAGGCUGCCCUCCGGGAGAGCUUCCUGGUGGACACGGAGCAGGUGCUGAACCAGCUGGGCACCUGGGUGCCCAGCUCUGCCCUACUGAGCGCUGCUGUCCAGAAGCUGGGGUCACUGGAGGCAGAUGUGCUGCCCCAGGAGGGCCGCUUCCAGGCCUUGGCUGAGAUCGCCUCCUUCCUGGAGCAGGAACGCUAUCAUGGCUGGGCAGAUGUGGCCCAAAGGCAGAAGGCGAUCUCUCAGCGCUGGGAGCAGCUCCUAGGAGGGCUUCGCGAAAAGAGGGAGCAUCUGGCAAGCUCUCAGGUGGCGUUGGGGCUUCUUCAAGAGGUCGAUGCUGCUGAUGAAGAGCUGAAAGAGCUACAGGUGCUGGCAAGUUCGGCGGUCUGCGGGCAGCAUCUAGCAGAGGUGGUGGAGCUUCUGCAGAGACACGAGCUGCUGGAGGCACGAGUCUCCUCCCAGAGUGCCCUUGUGAGCCACCUUGUCCAAAGGACCACACAGCUGAGCACCGUUGCAGGCACGCACCUGGAUGGGCUGCAGAUCCGAGCCUGGGGCUUGUCACAGAUCUACCAGAGCGUGAUUUUACUCGUUAGAGCCCGGCGGGCCCUGCUGGAACAGGCCCUGCAGCAGGCUGAGUUCCUGAACAGCUGUGAGGAAGAGGAGUCCUGGCUCAGAGAGAGGAUACAACUAACUCAGGCGGCGUCCUUGGGCCGGAACCUGGGACACAUCACAGCGACUCUAUGGAAAUAUAAGGCCCUGGAGACUGAAGUCAGCUCCCACCAAGCAGUGUGCGUGGAAAUCACAAGGAAGGCAAAGGAGCUGAACCCCCAGGGCCACCCAGGCCAGCCAGACCCACGGGAGCGAGCAGAGGCCAUCCACAGCCAGUGGCAGCACCUCCGGGACAAGAUGGCAAAGCUCCUGGCCCGUCUCCAGGCUGCCCUGCUCAUCAAGCAGUAUUUUGCAGAUGUGAGCGAGGUAGAAUUGUGGCUUCAGGAGCAGCAGUCCCUGUUGGCCAGCGAGGACUACGGGAAGGACGGGGCUGGCCUGGCAGUCCUGCUCCAGCGUCACCAGCGACUGGAGCGAGAAGUGUGGGCCUGUGGGCUGGAGGUGAGGCGGCUGGAGGAGCAGGCACAGACUGCGGCCACCCAAGCCCCACUUAUGGUAAUCAACCUGGCAUUGCUCCCAAGCCCUAACUAAGAGAGACUGUGAUCUCCAGGGCAAAGACCAUAUACGCAACACUCGUGCUAUAGAGGGGUGGGGGAGGCUUGGGAGAUCACCAGCCCAUUGGAGCUAGAUCUUCAUUUUGACCCUGAAACAAUCUGUAAGACCCAGGAGCACCUGAACCAGGAGUACCAGGGCCUACAGGCCUUGGCACAGCAUCGCAGGACCCGACUAGAAGAAAUGUCCACAUUGUUCAGCUUCUAUGAUUCUUGUGGAGAACUCCAGUCCUGGCUAGAGGACCAGAAAGUGUUGUUCCAGACUCUGAACCCCCAGGCUGAGAAUGUGGAGGUCGACAGGAAUAAAUUUGAGAAUUUCCUCACCGCUCUGGCUGUGGGGAAAGGACACUUGGCAGAGAUCAGCAGCUCUGCCGAAAAGCUGAGGCAGAGAGUUCCUGAUCACACAGCCAAGAUCCAGCAGUGGCAACAGGAACUGGGCCAGAGAUGGGAGCAGCUGGAGGCCCUGAAGGAGGAGAAGGGAUCACAUCUGGCAAGCAUGGCAGAUGUACACAGCUUCCUGCAGGAGUGUGGACCUACCCAGACCCAGCUUCAGGAUAUCAUGGCAAAGCUAGAGUCUAUGAGGCCGGCAGACUCAGUGGGCAGCUGUCAACGUUCCCUGCGGUCAACCCAGAAUGAGAUCUUGGUGCUAGAGCGCAAAAUCUGCUACCUCCUCAGUGUGGUGACCAAGAUUGAAGAGACAAGCCCUACGGAGAGCCCAGCAUUGCGGCAACGAGUGGAGACCCUGCAGGCCCUACUGAAGCAAGUUCAGGAACAGGCUGCCCAGGCGGCCCAGACCCAGACCCAGGCCCAGGCAGGGCACAACUUCCUGAGGGAGAGUCGGCAGCUGCUGCUAUGGGCAGAGGGCGUUCAGUCCCAGCUAGAGAGCAAGGAGAUGGGUGUGGACGUGGCCUCAGCCAAGCAGCUGCUGGAGGAGCACAGAGACCUGCUGGAAGAGAUCCGUGUCCAGCAAGAGAGGAUGAGACAGCUGGAGUCUCGGGGCGCACAGCUAGCCGGCUUGGAAGCCCAGGACUCCCAAGCGGUGGCCAAUGCACUGAAGCAGUUGGGUCAGGAGGCACACAGAGUGGACAUGGCAUGGGAGCGGUGCCAUCAGCAGCUGCAGCAGGAGCUGGAGCUACAGAUGUUUGUCCGGGAAGCCAAUGGCUUCAGUGCUACCUGUGCCAACCAUGAAGCAUUCCUUCGACUGGACAGCCUUGGGGAGGACGUGGGUGAGGUGCAGAACUUGUUGCAACAACACCGGGAAUUUGACCAGCUCCUAGAGACCUUGGGUCGGCGUGCAGAGAGCCUGAGGUCCCAUGGGGAGAGGCUGACAGAGAAGCAACACUUUGCUACCUACAUGAUCAAAGAAAGGAUAGCAAAUAGCCAGGAUCGAUGGUCCAAACUCCAAGAGAUGAGUAAGCAAAGGAAAAAGCAGCUGCUGGCUUCCCUCCAGCUACAGGAAUGGAACCAGGAUGUGGCUGAAAUGAUGUUGUGGAUGGAGGAGAAAUGUUUAAUUGCUGCAAAUGAGUCAUAUCAAGAGCCCGGCAUUGUUCUCCGAAAGCUCAAGAGACAUGAGGCAGCUGAGAGUGAGGUCCUGGCAAACCAGCCAAGGGUCGAGCAGCUACAGCAGCUUGGAAAAGAGCUUCUAGAUACCAAGCAUGGUGCCCAGGAUGCCAUGCAAGCAAAGCUACGGGACCUGGAGAAUAAGUGGAAGGAGCUGAAUCACAAAAUGGCAGAACGUGGAGAUAAGCUACGGCAGGCAGGACAACAGGAGCAGCUCAUGGAGCUGCUGCAGGAGGCCAAAAGCAAAAUGGAGCAGAUGGAACGGGGGCUACAGAGCUUAGAGAUGGGUCAAGACCUCCGCUCCAGCCGAGAGCUACAAAUGAAGCACAAGAGAUUGGAAAGUGAGAGCCAAGAGCUGGCAGAUAAGAUGAGCACCAUCAUUACCCGUGCCCAAAGUGUUGCCACCAGUCAUUUUGACUCCCAGACCAUCCUGGAGGAGACACAGAAAUAUCUCCAAAGAUUUCAGGUGCUUCAGGGGCCGCUGGCAGCACGCAGGCAGCAGCUGCAGGCUUCGGUCGAGCUUCACCAGUUCUACCACUUGCAAGGCCUGGAGAUCACCUGGGUGAAGGAGCGCAUGCCUGGUGCCAGCUCCACGCGCUGCGGCAGGUCCCUGGAUGCAGCCCAGAGGCUUCUGUACAAGCACAAGGAGCUUCAGGCAGAGGUGAAGGCUCACCAGGUCCAGAUGCAGAAGGUGCUGGCAUCUGGGCAAAGCAUGGCAGCCUGCGGGCACCCUUCUGCACAGGACAUCACGGAUCGGUGCCAGAAACUGGAGAGGUGCUGGCUGGAGCUGAAUGAGGCCUGUGACGGGAGAGCCAGGCAGCUACAGCGCUCUAUUACCUUCUAUCAGUACUUGCUCGAUGUAUCAGACUUGGAAGGCUGGUUGGGAGAGAAGCGGCCUUUAGUGAGCAGUCAAGACUAUGGCAAGGACCAGUUGGCCACCAUGGGCCUCAUCAAGAAGCAUCAGGUCCUAGAACAGGAGCUGGCCCUCUACGGGAGCUUUGUAGCUGAGCUUGUCCAGACAGGACAAACCCUCACCAGCCCCAGGUCCCCCAGUGAGAUCCCUGUGCCUCCAGGACGGCUACAAAGCCAGCUUCAGGAGCUGAAGGAGCUGGCGACCACAAGAGGCCAUCGGCUGGAGGAGGAGCUGAGGCUGCACGAGUUCAUCCAGGAGGCUGAGGAGCUACAGGGCUGGCUGGCCAGGCAGAAGCAGGUGGCCGGUAGUGAGGAAGACCCUGGAGAAGACUAUGCACAUGUGCUGCACCUCCGGGCCAAGUAUGAGCUGUUUCAGCACCAGGUGGAGGCAGGUGGAAGGCAGGUGGCAUCCUGCCAACAGCUAGCAGAGACCCUGCUGGAGGGCCGGCACAGUGCCGCCCAAGAGAUCUGCCGGAGGCAACAGGAACUACAGAGCACAUGGGCAGAGGUGUGGGGGCUGACCCAAGCACGGGGCCAGUCACUCAGGGAGGCAGAGACAGUGCUCAAGAUUCACCAGGAUCUCACAGAUGCCCUCGCCCACAUACAGGAGAAGGCCACGAGCCUUCCCGAUGAUGUGGCACAGGACAGGCACGGGGCCCAGGCUCAGCUCCGGAGGCACGAGCAGCUGGAACAUGAGCUCUCGGGCACUGAGCGGCGACUGCAGGAGCUGUUGGAUACGGCUGAUGAGAUGCAGAAGCUGUGCUCUGGAACUCAGGCCGAGGCCCUGCAGAGCCAGCAGGAAGCUGUGGUUCAGAGCUGGGAGUCGCUGAGGCUUCGGGUAGAAAGGCGCCGGGGAGAUCUGGAACAGGCCUGCUUGCUUGCAGGCUUCCAUACUGUGGUACAGGAGUAUUCAACAUGGGCGACUGGAGUUCAGAGGGAGCUGUGGGCAAAGGAGACCUCCCGAGAUGCCAGCAGCAGCCACUUGCAGCUUAGUGAGCAUCAGGACGUCCGGGCCAAGCUGGAGGCCCAGGAGGAGGUGUACCAGCAGGCGGUACAGCUGGGCCAGGGGCUGCUCCUUGAGGAGGGAGCCCCCAUUGAAGAGAUCCAGGAGAAGCUGGGAGCCCUCCGGGAAGAGCGGCUAAAGGUGUUCCAGGCUUGGGAAGGGAAGCAGGAGCAGCUGAUGACCAUGCACCUUGGACAGCUCUUCAGCAGAGACUGUGACCACUUCAAUAAGAUCCUCACUGCCCAGGAGGUGUAUCUAAAAACCAGCACCUUGGAAAGCUCCGUGGAGGGACUGGAGAGGCUGAUCCGGAAGCAUGAGGCUUUCCAGAAGAUUCUGGCUGCCCAGGAUGAGAAGGAAGCAGCCCUGCAGGAACAGGUGAAGCAUCUCAAGGGAGCCGGGGUGUAUGAAUUACUGAAUUUGGUGCGGGAGCGACGAAGGCGAGUAAAGGAGCAGGCCCAUACCCGUGGGAAAGCCCUGCAUACCACCCUGUUGCUGGCGAGUUUCACCAGGGAUGUGGCUGAGGCAGAAGACUGGAUCCAAGAGAGAACUCAACAACUAGAAGAACCAAGCCCAUGGGGUUCUGGUGACCUGAAGGACAAGCUGAAGUGCUUACAGAAACACCAGGAAUUUGAGGCUGAGGUCCAGGCCCAUGAGGAAGUUAUAACCCAUGUCACCAAGAAGGGAGAAGCUCUCCUGGCCCAGAGCCAUCCUCAGGCUAGAGAGAUCCUGGAAAAACAGCAGAGGCUUCAGGAUCACUGGCACAAGCUAAGACAGGCCAUGGUCGCCAGGGGCAGGGGCCUGGAGGACAAACGGGAUUUCUUAGAGUUUCUACAACGUGUGGACCAAGUAGAGGCCUGGAUCAGGGAGAAGGAAGUGAUGGUGAAUGUUGGAGACUUGGGGCGAGAUUAUGAACACUGUCUACAACUCAGCAGACGGCUGAGUGAAUUCCAAGGCACUGCCUUAUGGGAGACAGUGGAUGAUACCCACAUCAAGGCCAUUAAUGCCGUGUCCCUUCAGCUCAAGAGCCGAGAUCCAGAGGAGGUCAAGAUCACCUACCAGCGGCGACAUCAACUCAAUGAGAGAUGGAAUAAUUUCCAUGGCAACCUCCUCCGAUACCAACGACAGCUAGAGGGUGCCCUGAAGAUGCAUGCACUGGUCCAGGAGUUGGACAAUAUCGUGGAGAGGAUUGGAGAGAAGAGUGCCCUGCUCCAGGUUCCCAACUAUGGAAAGGACCUAGGGGAUGUAGAGAGGCUUCUGAGGAAACAUGAGGAACUGGAUCGGGAAAUCAGUGUCAUCCAGGCCCAGAUGGAGCCCCUGGAGCAGGAGGUGAGUCGUUUGUGUCAGAGUAGCCCCGGGGCAGCCCAAGCCCUCAUCCACAAACAGCGAGAGCUGAACAACAGCUGGCAGAGGCUGCAGGCCCAGGCCAAGCACAGGAGGGAGAAACUGGAUUGUUCCUACCAAGUACAGAAGUUACACACCAUGCUUCGAGAACUGCUAGGCUGGGCUCAAGGGCUGAAGACUAAGAUGGAGAUGGGAAGCCCUCCCAGCAGUCCUGCCGAGGCCAGGCGUCUGAUGGAGGAGCACCAGGAACUCAAGGCAGAGCUAUCAGCCAGGACAGAGAGUAUCAACUUGAUACGAAGCACAGGGAAGCAGCUGCUUGGUGCCCCAGAUAUAUGUCAGGCCCUGGCCAGUUUUGAGCACGAAUUAACCGGGCUGGAGGACAGCUGGCAGGAACAUCAAGCCAGGCUGCAGCAGGCCUUGGAUUUGCAGGUGUUCCUGAGCUCUGUGGAGCAGAUUGAAAGUUGGCUCAACAACAAAGAAGCAUUCCUGGCAAAUGAAGAUCUGGGCAAUUCCUUGGCCACCGUGGAGACCUUACAGUGGAAACAUGAACAGUUUGAGAAGGGGCUAGAGACCCAACUGGAGAAGAUCAAUGCUAUGGAAAUCAUGGCACUCAACCUGAAUCAGAGCCAACACCCCGAGGCCCAGUGCAUCACCAGCAAGUGCCAACUGGUGCUUUCCAGGAAGGAGAAGCUGUUGGAGAGAAUUCAGCUCCGAAGGCACCACCUAGAAGAAUUCCAGCAGUUACAGAGGUUCCUGCAGGACUCGUGUGAGGUGUGCAUGUGGCUGGGUGAGAAGAACCUCGUGGCCUUAGAUGAGGGUUGGCGGGACCCUAGCACCCUGCAGGCCCAGCUGCAGAAGCACCAGAGCUUUCAGGCCGAGCUGGAUGCCAAUGCUACCCAGCUUCAGAAACUGCAAACGGAAGGAGAGAAACUGCUGAAGGAGGGGCAUCCGGCCCUGGAGACCAUCCAGGAACGGCUACAAGAGAUAGGAGGUCUCUGGAGUCAGCUGCGGGCCAACUGCCUCAAAAAGAGCACCAAAUUACAGGACGCUUAUAAGGCCCUGCGUUUCCAGAGGAAAGUGGAGGAGUUAGAAAGGUGGCUGGAGAACAUGGAGGAGGAGCUUCGGGCUCCCUUGGGUGGACAGGACUUAGCAGGUGUGAAAGAGCUGCUGGCAACCCAGGUGGAGCUGGAGGCAGCCGUGGAAGGCCAGGAGGGACUAGCGCGGGCACUGAUGGAUCAGGCCCAUGCCUUUGGCUGUGAAAAUCACUUUCUAGCUGGGGAGAUGGAAGAGCAGGCCCAGCUGCUGCUACUGAGGUACACAAACCUGAGAGAGUCCCUCCGGGAGCACCGGGGGACCCUGGAGGCUAAGAGCCUUCUGUACCAGUUCUUCCAGGAUGUAGAGGAUGAGCUGGCAUGGGUGCAAGAGAAGUUGCCCUUGGCGACAGCCCAGGAUCAUGGACGGAGCUUGGAUGCUAUUCAGAAGCUCCAAGAGAAGCACCAGAGCUUGGAAGAUGAGAUCAACAGCCAUGAGGCUCUGGCCCAGGUGGUACUGGACACGGGUCACAAGCUGGUUCGGGGGGGGCAUUUUGCUGCCAGUGAGGUGGCUGCUCAGCUUCAGCAGCUGAAAACCGCAAUGGGCACACUUCGAGGUGAGGCAGAGCAGAGACGAUGGAGGCUUCAGCAAGGUCGUGAGGCCCAGCAAUUUCUAACAGAGCUCCUAGAGGCAGAAUCCUGGCUGUCAGAACGAGGCCUUCUCCUGGACAGUGAGGAUCUGGGGCAGAAUGAGGACACCACUGGGGCCAUGCUUCGGAGGCUAGAGGCCACAAGGAAGGAUCUGGAAGGAUUCUACAUUCGUCUUGAGAAGCUACAGGAGACAGGCACCCGCCUAGAGGGCAGACCCAACCCAGAGAGCCUUAAGGCGCUGACCCAUCUACAAACUCUGAAAGAGACCCACAAGGGGUUACUGCAGAAGGCCGAGAGCCAAGGGCGAUGCCUACAAGAACAGCAGUACCUUUUUCACCUGGAGCGGGAGGCCCAGCUUCUGGACACCUGGUUGUCAAGCAAACGGGCCACAGCUGAGUCCCAAGACUAUGGGCAGGACCUGGAGGAUGUCAAGGUGCUGGAGGAGAAGUUCCAUACUUUCCAAAAGGAAGUGCAGACCUUGGGACCAACCAAGAUUCAGGGGUUUCUCGAGCUGGCUGGCAACCUGGAACAGGCAGCCCCCAGGUGCUACCCCAAGAUCCAGGCUCAAAGGAGCCGCAUCGAGGACUCCUGGGAACAGCUGAACAGAGCAAUGAGGACCCGCACGGAGAACCUGGCUGCUGCCAGAGAGGUCCAUGGCUUUGAUCAGGCAGCAGCUGAGUUAUGGAGCUGGAUACAGGAAAAGGCUGCUGUGCUGGGUCAAGGGGACCAUGGCCACAACCUGUCAUCUGUGCAGGCCCUUCAGCAACAGCAGAGGAACCUGGAGCGGGAGCUGGUAGCCAUGGAGAAGGAAGUGGGUCGGGUACGGGCUGAAGCUGGCUGGCUGGGCCGCCUGUACCCGGCUGUUCAGGAAAGCCUGGCCGAGAGACUGGCAGAGGUGCAGGAAUCCUGGAGCGCGCUGGUCAAGAAGGCCCAGAAUCGAAGCCAGUGGCUGCAACAAGCAGAGCAUGGCCACAUCUUCAUAAGCCGCUGUCAAGAGCUGCUAGGCCUGACCCAAGAGAUGCAGAGGCUGGUGACGUUGGAAGAACCAUUUGGGGAUGUAACGGGGGCAGAACGACAGUUACUGCAGCAUGAAGGGCUCAGGCAGGACAUUGAGGAACACCGGCUUCUGGUGCGGGACGCCCAGCAAGAAGGAGAGCGGCUGGCAGGCAGCGGUCAUUUUAUGGCCCAAGAGGUGAAGGAGUGGCUCCAAGAACUGGGAGACCAGCUGCAGGAAUUGCAGGAAAAGUGGGCAUGCCGUCAUGGGCUGUACAAAGAGAACUGGGAGCUGCAGACACUCCGACAGGAGCUAGAAAAGACUGACGCGUGGCUGAGCUCAAGAGAGGGCCUCCUCCUUGACCCCAACCUUGGGAACUCAGUGUCUGAGGUAGAAGAGCUACUCAGAAAGCACCAGGACCUUGAGAAGAUACUGGCAUCCCAGGAAGAGAAGUUUGACCAGCUGGAGAGGAAGUCUGAGAUUCACCAGAAGCUGCUGGAGCUGGUAGAAGCAGAAGGCUUAAGAUCCAAGACCAUGGAAAAGAGAAGUAGACAAGUCCCAUCCCUCAGGAAGAGGCCCCCAGAAAGCCUGGGGUCAGGAGCAAAAUUGGCCGAUAGGAGAAACCUGCAGAAAAGGAUCCCCUUCCAGCCCUGGACUCCUUUCACCACUGCCUUCUCCCUGUUGCAAACAGUCAAGCAGAAUGUCCCCCUUCAGGAGAGGGAGUCAAGAUGUCACUUCCCCAGCCCCCCACAACCUAGCAGGAGCCGGCUGCAGAAAGCCAAGUGGCUGCCUUGA